AUGCGCGCGCACGCCCCCGCGCGCGCGCGACCGGGAACGACGACGCGUCGGCGUCGAUGGCCGCGCGCGCGGACGCGGGGCGGAACGGCGCGCGCGGCGCUGGGGGAUUCCCUGAGCGCGUGGCUCGCCUCGGCCUCGGCGCGCGGCGACGUGGACGGUGAUCUCGCCAUCGCGCUGAACUCGGUGGCGGUCGCGUGUAAGCGCGUGCGGGCGCUCGUCGCGCGGGCGCCGCUGCAGGGGAACACGGGCGCGGCCGGGGGGUCGAACGCGAGCGGGGAUGAGCAGAAAAAGCUCGACGUGCUGGCGAACGACGUCUUCGUGGACGCCCUGCGGGCGUGCGGACGGUGCUCGACGAUCGUGACGGAGGAAGAGGAGGUGCCGAUCGCGUGUGAGCGGUCGGCGAAUGGAUACGUGGUGACGUUUGAUCCGAUCGAUGGGUCGAGUAAUAUCGACGCGUGCGUGGCGACGGGGUCGAUAUUCGGCGUGUACGCCCCGGGCGCGUGCGAGGUCGACGCGAACGAUUCUCCGGAAGAUACGCUGAAAAAGUGCGUGACGAAUUCGUUGCGAAGCGGGGAGUCGCUCGUCGCGGCGGGGUACUGCAUGUACAGCUCGAGCGCCGUGUUCGUGUUGACCAUCGGCGACGGGGUGUAUCAGUUUGACUACGACGUCAACUGCGGUGAGUUUUUGAUGUCCAAGGAGCGAAUGAUGAUUCCGGAUGGAGACAACAUGCAGCGCAUCUAUAGUGGAAAUAACGGUAACGUCGAUCUAUGGGCGCCCGAGCUCAAGGCGUACGUCACGCACCUUCAAAACGGUGGAUCGGACGGCGGCAAGCCGUGGUCGUAUCGAUACGUCGGCGCCUUGGUCGCUGAUUUCCAUCGGACGCUGUGCUACGGAGGCAUCUGGUUGUACCCACCGGACGCCAAGGCGAAGGAAGGCAAGGCUCGACUCCUGUACGAGAUCGCGCCGUGCUCGAUGAUUGUCGAGCAGGCGGGCGGGAUGUCCAUGCGCGGCGCCAAGGCGGACGAGCGCGUGCUCAACGUCGUCCCCGAGCACAUCCACCAAAAGAGCCCGAUGUUCAUCGGCUCCUCGGCCGCCGUCAAGGAUUUGCAGGCGUUUCUGAAGAAGUAG